UUAUAUGUGGGAUGCCUACCACAGCAUGGCUUUUGCCAAGCGGUGCCAUGUCCGCACCUGGGAUCUGAACUGCAGACUCCGGGCCACCGAGAAUCGGAUAGUGUGCAUUUAGCUGCUGCGCCACCAGGCCGGCCCCAAAUAGCAAUUUUUCUUAAAAAGCAGUCCCUAAAGUACCAGAAGCUAAUAGCAUUGUUUAUUACAGUUAAAAGGCCACUUUUACAUACCAAUGGCAUUUUUUUUAACAGGAAGAUGAGCAGGAAGAUUUUAAAACAGCUUUUUGGAUAUUUUUUUAGAGACUUAAAAUUUAUUAUGUAAUAUAUAAUGCACAGAGUGUGUGUAUAGGUGGUAUGUAUAGUUUCCAGAGAAAAUAGAUGAACCCUUGUGGGCCUCUCAUUCAGGUUAAGAAAUGGAAAUUUACCAGUUAGUAGUUUGCACUGCCUUAAGUCCUCCUCCCGACCAGCCAGAAACAGACACUAUCUUGAAAUUUGUGUUAAGCUCCCUGAGCUUGUCUGUAUAGUUAUAUCUCACAGAUAGGCAUUCCUCAAUGGCACGUUGUUUAAUUUUGCCAAUUUGACCUUUAUGUAAAUGGAACCAUACCAUAUAUACCUUCUGACUUGUUUCAUUUGCUUGUUUUUGAGAUUAAUCUGUGUUGACACGUGUGAGUGGAGUUCAUUCUUUUCACCCUGCUGUUUUGCUCUGUUGUUGACUGACCUUUCUGUUGUUUUUAGUUCCUUUCUGUUGCAUGCAGGGCUGCGGUGAAUAUGCUUGUGCCUCUUUCUUGGUACAGCUGUGCAAAGGUCUGUCGGUAGAACUGCUGGAAUAUAGGGAUUUCAGAAGAUGUAGCAUAUGGCAGAGAGUACAGGAAUCAACUCUUGGUUUCCCUGUGCUAUAGAGAGUUGUAAAGAGGUGUCACCUCACAUCGGAUGACUUCCUUCUCCCUUAGGACAUUAUUUAAAUGUGUUUACUCACCUCAGAUAUUUGUUUUAUGUGAAGAGAUGCUUUUUGUUAGAGUUGUCUGGAGUCUUUUUCAGGAUUUUUUCUCAUUUAAGAGGUGCAACACUGAAUGCAGAGGGUAGAAAUUUGUGUUGUAUUGCUAGACAGCAGUGUUAUUUAAGCCAAAACCAAAAUAUUUUUUUUUGUGGCAGUUGUGUAAGAUUGUGUUUGUAACUUUUCUAAAAUGUAAAGCAUAUCAUUGUAUCAUUAAUUUAGAAGACCUGGGAUAACAUUAAAGCCUCUAAAUUACCUUCUUGGUCAAUGAGUGAGACCCAGAUGAUAUAAAUCAUAAGUACGGCUUGUUUAUAAGCUCUCACAAGGCAGCAACUUUAUCUUCUAAAUUUCUUUAUCUCCCUACUAUUUAGCAUCCAUCUUUAGGAAAAAAAAAAAAAACCACUAUGGUUUUCAUGUGUACUGCAUUAAAAAAAGAGAAGUGGUUUUUUUUCUGUUUUUUUUUUUUUUAAUAAAACUUCUUGAAAUUAAGAUGUCUUCUGACUGGAGUGAGUCACAUACCGGGUGAUCACGCCCAUCCACAGAGGAGUAGGGUACAAGAGAGAACUAUCUGGCCCCAAAUGCUAAGAGUGAAGAGAUUGAGAAACCCUGGUCCAAUGUAAUGGGAGAUUCCCCUCUUAAAUUAGUAGAAUUAGGGGAGACUUUAUUAUGUUGCUCUGUUUUUCAUUUUAUGAGUAGAACACAGAGAACUAGAGGAAAAAAGCCGUGAGUUGUUAUCACUGCCGGGCCACCAUUCUUGAUUCUGAAAAUAAUAGGGUAGUUAAUUAAAAGGAAAACAAACAAAAAAUCCCCAAAUCCAACAACAACUACAAAACUACACAAAACUUCCCUGAUGAUUCUAAUGUGGACUUUGGGAGUCAUAUUUAUUUACAAAGUAACAGAGGAGAGUAAAACUGUGUGAGGUUUGUUUUACUUUAGUGAGACUGUCUGUGUUCAUGAUGGAAACAGGAUCCGAGAAGAAUGAAGGUUCUGUUCUAGAAUUUUCUUGGGCCGACUUGUGACUUUUCAAGAUGACUUUAUCAUAUCCCUGAAAAGCAAUUCUGCUAGAGAAAAUUCCAGAAAAUUAGUAAUUCUAGAUUAUGUAAUACUUCCAUGAUGAUAGGAUUUCGUUAUUAUGGUAACAACGCAUAAGAGCAAGCUGUUCCUGGCGAUAGCAGGAGCUGCAGCAGCCGCAAUGUUUCACUUCUUCAGAAAGCCUCCGGAAUCCAAAAAGUCACCGGUGCCUGAGACAGAGACAGAUGGAUUUAUCCUUCUAGAAGAUACAGCAAAUGAGCAAAGAGUCGCAGCAAGAGGUAAAAGUUCAGAAGGAGAAGGAGAAGGCAGCCAACUUUUGGAGACCGGCAAAGAAAACUCAUCCAGUGUGACUGUAGCAGGCCCCGAGAUGGAAAAUAAGGCAGGCCAGACUCUGGAAAACAACUCAUUAAUGGCUGAGCUUCUGAGCGACGUACCCUUCACCUUGGCCCCGCACGUGCUGGCCGUGCAGGGCACCAUCAGUGACCUUCCAGACCACUUACUCUCCUAUGAUGUCAGCGAAAACUUAUCACGGUUUUGGUAUGAUUUCACUCUUGAAAAUUCAGUGCUCUGUGAUUCCUAAUUGUAAGUCUGUUUGCACCUUAACAGCUUUAAAACAAAUGUUUGCCUGUUUAACUUGUUUGAUGUUCCUUGCCAUUUCGCUGUUUAAAAACCCUCAGAAAAGCAAGGAUCAUAAAGCAAAGAAAAUAAUAUUAUGUUCAUUGCUCUAUUUUUUAGAAUAAAGUGUAUUUGUAUAAAAACUGAA